UGACGGUAACACGCUGGCGUUGCUCGUAUCGCGUGGGCCGUGUCGGUCGGCGCGCCACUAGGUCGACGCCAGUAAUUUUCUAAUGGGCCGUCCAACCAAACGGAUACGGUGAGUGUCGUUGGGCAAGUGUUUUUCAACUGGUGUUUACUAGACGCGACAACUGUUGUGUGCGCCACGCAACCGCUACGUUUUGGAUUUUACCAUUUGUUUCUCGACAAUUUUUUCAAUGCCGACCGGUGGUCGUAAACGUGUCAAAAAAAUAUCAAGUAUUUUUGUUUUUUACAUUUUUAAUCGAUUGCAUUUAGGCACGCCGUGUACGCUUACCGAGUUUUCUAUGCAUUCGAAAGGUACCGGGGGAAUUUUCCGUCAAUUGAUCGAUUUGUGCUGCGUCGAAACGGAAAUGCGGAUCGCUCGCCACAAACGCUCUGGCGCAGGGACCGCACUGCCGCAGAUCUUAUAGCGUCCGUUUUGCUGGAGUCUUACGCGCCUCUCGUUCGAUGUAUUAAAGGUCGCGGGACUGCUGAUAUCGAGAUGUUUUGCACGGUCGCUCAAAAGUCUGGCGAUUUUUAACACUUAUAUUUUUCUACGCGUUCAAUUUUUAAACGUUAUCUGUUCGGUGUUUCAGAACGUUGAAAGUAUUCAAUCGUCCAGCAACACAUUGUGCUGAUAACGGCUGUUAUUUUUCGUAUUUCUUUCCCCGUUUGUCGUCGUCGCGCUCUGUUCGCACGUUAAAAGAUCGUACGUCGUAUAACCGCUGUUCGAUGUGAUAAAAACUUGCCGGUAAUAAAACCGAUACGCUCGCGAUAAUAACGACGUUCGGUAAUUUGUAACGGUCUAACAACGGCGAGUAGUUGUUGAAAAACAACCAUGUGUUUAUACGCGACACGUAUAUCUAGUGUUUCUCUAUGGAAAUGGCGUACACGUUCAACGAGUAUAUAUCAACACGCAUUGCGUUAUUUGUAGUUUUGUUUUCACACGCGGCUGAUUUACGCGUUGACGAUUUUAACGCGCAACACACAACUAAACGUUCGACCGUCUGUCAGAAUACGAGUCGGUAGGUUUCCCGGAGAAAUUACCAUCGGCACCACCAUUGUCGUUGACGACGACACCGUUGUGAAAUCGAAGCAAAAUGUCCGACGGGCACGUGUGUCUUUCGAGUCGCCUCGAGUGAGGGCCAGCGACGGUGAACUGUUGUUUCGUUAAUGAACGACGUUUGCGAUCAUCGCAAGAAAAUCAACGACGCGGUCCAAACGGCCGGUGCGGAGAGUGACUUCGGCGGCGGAGAACGCGUGCGAACGUCGAGAAACGCAGACGUCGCGUAUCAGUACGUGGCGUGCACGGCGAUUUUGUUCGGGUCGCUCGUGCUGGCCGCCUACCUGGUGGGCGGGUACGCUUCGCGUCGAAACGCACUCGAGACCGUGAGACUGUUGAGAAAUCCGGCGCCCGUCCGAGUGGUGAACGCGUCCACCCGAGAUUUUUGCGCGGUAAUCUCCAAGGAGCUGUUCUCUUUGGAGAGGAUGGGCUACGUGGAUCCCGACAGGCGGGUUUCGAGACUGGCGGCUCUGGACGCGACGGCCGACGACGUGCACUACGUGAUAAUGAACACGACGUUCGUGCCAUGGCUGUUGCCGUGCUCUUUGGAAUCGGCUCUGGCAGCCGUCGGCAGUAACGGCCGGGUCAACGUGUUCUUGGUGUACGGAGUCCGAGUCGUACACAGGCAUCCUCAACGGAGAUCGGUGAGUUUGUCGGAAAGCCUGGAAAUACUGUCGGCCGGUUAUGGAAACCGAUUGAACGUGCACAAUGUGAGCUUGGAGGAGUGCUUGGAGUGUUCGCCGUUCCGAGAAGAAAACGUGCGGCGACCGGACAUGGCCAAAUUUAUGGUCGAGCUAGUGCUGUUGUGGCAGUUUGGAGGCACGAUUCUCGACCCCGGCGUAGUGACUGUCCAGAGGAACAUCCGCAGAGUAUCUCGCGGUGCCGUGGAAUUCGACGAUCACGUGAUAAGAUCGCCGACCGCUUGUCACGGGUUCGUGUACAGCGCCAUGUUGUGCGCAAAGAGUUUCGCGCUCAGCGCUGCCGACCAACCGUUUGAACGGAAAACCAGACGACGUAUUCUCGACAAGACCGUCGAGGUGUACCGCUAUUCCGCCAGAGACGCACGACCUCUAGAGGAAGGGGUGGUGUGCAAGAACGGAGUAGUGGCGAAUUUCUGUUGUUACGUAGAAGCCGAUCGCAUAGCCGAUUACGAAAAAUCAUACGUACACGGCUUUUGCCCCGCGACCGGCGACAUUCCUUUUUUCAGGCCCGACCAACUGGUGGUCACCUAAACGUGAUUUUUUAUUCGUAUUAUGACCCCCUCCAAUAAUACAAAUGACCCUCCACAAACCGAUCAUUUAAACUAUUUUAUAUUUUUGUAAUUUUUUUUUGUUUUGUUUCUCGUACUUAUUGCCGCCGCAACAUCAGUACCCAACGUGUACACUACUCAAAAACGGUUUAUACGAAAAAGAAAAAAUCGCAAAUUUACGUUUUUGUUAGAAACGUUCCAUGUUCUUAGAAGCUCAAAUCGUUAUUAUUGUUCGUUAAGAAGAUAUUAUUAUUAUCAGUAUUUUUUUGUAUUAUUUAAUUUUAUAAUAUAUGUGCGGCCGUGUUUUAUUAAAUGGAAUUUAUUUUUGUUUUCAAUUCGAUGGUAUGCAAUUUAUAGUUUUAUAUACAAUUAAAUGUAAUUCAUGUACUAUUGGUGGAGGAAAUGUGUCAAAAAAAAAAAAUCAUUUGAAA